AGAUGUUAUAUUUCGUGUGACUUGACACAGACGACAGUUUGCUUCUGUCCGCGAAGUGAAACUUGCUCAAAGGUGGUCCAACAAACACCUCUAUCGCUCUCCUUUUCCCUCUUUAACUAACCUCAGUUUUCUCACAAAGUGGUGUUUUUAGUCCCACGAUGUCCGGGCACGGCCAUGGGCACGGACACGGACACGGCUGCGGGUGUGAGGGGGAGCAUGAGCCCGCGGAGAGGGGCCUGGAGUACGGACUGUAUCGGCGGAUCGACCUGGAGAAGUUGCAGUGUCUGAACGAGAGCAGGGACGGGGACGGAAAGAUGGUGUUCAAACCGUGGGACCGGCGGAUGGAGCGGGACAAGGUAACCGCCCUACAGAGCUCCUUUAUCGGUCAGUUAUCCAGCCUGUGUGCCGCUGUGGGGUGUGAGCCUGGGGGAGACCAGUGGUCGUGGGUCUGCGCAGUGAUCGAAUCAAUCAUAACUUUAUUAACAAAUGUUACAGCGAACAUAAGGCUGAUAGUUUGUUUGUUUGACCAGCUGGUAAAAAAGUGUCGAUAUCGGAGUCGUUAUCCGAUCUAAAUAUCGGAUCGGUGCAUCCCAAAUUUUGUCCAAGAAGUACUGAACUCUAAAAAUAUUGUGCUACAGGCUAAAGUACUCUAUCAGAAUACUACUAUACAGCUUAAUCAUGCAGUAUUUCAGCCUGCAACAGAUAUUUUCAGAUAUUCUUAUGAUGAUUUUUCCCAUCAUUAAGCUCAUUUUUGUUUUCUCUUUUUGGAAUCAUUAUGGCCUUUAAACAGUUAAAUCACUGUCUUAACCCUUGGUUCAUAAAAUAAUCAUUUUUUAACAUUUUUUUUUUUACUUUUUUCGACUCAUAUCUCUUAAACAACUUCUGCCCUGUUCAUUAAAAAAUAACAAAUAGAAAAUUAAAUGUAUAACCCUUUUAUCCCAGUUUUUGUGCAACACGUCACUGUUAUUUUUAAUGGUAAUAAAUAUAAAAUAAAUAGAGUCUGGACAUAACAGUUGGACAUGAUGUGUUUUAAUUGUUGCCUCAUGAUGACUUUGUAUUUUUCCCUCCAGUAUGUAGAGAGCGAUGCAGAUGAAGAGCUGCUGUUCAACAUCCCGUAAGUCCUCAAAGCUGUUCAGUUUAUUCUCCUUUUGAUUCUGUUUUUCCUCCGUUUUGGUUUCUUUCAUGAUUCACCGUCUCUCAUGUGACAGACUCUGUUUUCGUCUCCUCUUUCGCAGCGUCUUGUUAUCUCUGUCCUGAUUCUCUCUCUCUCUCUUUCAGUUUUACAGGCAGCGUGAAGCUAAAAGGCAUCAUCAUAUCAGGAGAAAACGACGACUCUCAUCCUGCUGAGAUUAGGCUGUGAGUGGUACAACUGCAGUGGUGUCUUAACCCUCUGUGUCCUCCAAAACACCCCCAAAUUUUGGUGGACUGGAUAAAUAGCCUUCAUAACUAAAAAUAACUGACAACCUUUGUGCAUAAAGUUUAAUUCUUUGUUUUUCUUGUACUUCAGGUAUAAAAACAUACCUCAGAUGUCCUUUGACGAUACUGGCAGAGAACCUGAACAAGCCUUUAGACUCAACAGAGACCCUCUGGCUGAGCUGGAGUACCCAACAAAGUGAGAAAAGCAUCAACAGUGACACUCAUGAUUUUACUCCCAUCAUUUGACAUAUCUCUUUGUGUAGUGAGAUGGAUUUAGUACUUUUUCAAUACUUUUUUAUUGAGAAAAGCAACGCCUCUGCCCAAACAUAUCCACUACUCGACACAACAGCGAGUCAUCUUCUUGAAGUUAUGAGACAGACUAUCAGCAAGAUAUUCUUUGUCACUUCACUGUCUUUGUGUUUUCUCGUAGUCAGUAUUUCUACUCUCAAAGUUGAGCAUUCAGAAACAUAAAGAUGUAAAAGUGAAGAAAUGAAGUCAAUGUUUCUGUUUGACACUUAAUAACACGAUGCAGUGAAAUCCAAUCAAGCGUUAAAACCACGAGUGAGUCUGAGACCCACCUCUCCUUCUGGUUCAGUAUUGUUUCCUCUGAGUUUGAGAGUUUUUAGCCGUUUUUACAGACUAAAAUGAUGUGAAAUGUUUUUCAGGAUCGCUCGUUUCUCCAACGUUCAGCACCUCUCCAUCCACAUCUCCAAGAAUUUCGGGGACGAGAACACCAGAGUUUACUACAUCGGCCUGAGAGGAGAAUACUCAGAGGUAGAGAACUUUGAAUCUCGUUUUUGUUUUGUUUUCCUCCUCUCUUCUCUGAACUAAAAAGCUCAUUUAUCCGGUUUAGAUGCCGUUUGCAGAUGCAGAUGAUAUUCUUCUGUGUCAUAAAUCGUCUGUGUGUUGGACUGUUUCCUCUUUCUGUUUCAUGCUUGUUUGUGGUGUUUGCGUCAGCUCUGAUUCGCUCUGAAAGAGGAUAUCGUUUUGAUUUAUUUGAUAUUCUUUGGGGAGUUGAAUUUACUCUGAGGGAUCCUUGUGCGUCUGUUUGAUGGUGUGAUGCUGGUAAAUAUUAACAAACUCCUUUCAUUAAAAAAUAAAACAGAAAAUCUUGCUGUAGCCUUAAUAAAACACAACAAUACCUCUUCUUAUUCUGAUAUACAUGCUUUCCUGAUAUCCUGUGGGUUAAAAAUGACCACCGACCUCAGCAUUCAUGCAUUCAAAUCCUACUUUUUAUGUUUUAAGGCUGGUGUUGGAAACGGGAACAGUUAUCAUCCCAACAGAUUCUACCAUCAUUAUUAUGAGUUUAAGGCAUCAAAAACCAUAUGAUAAUUGUCAACCUUGUCAUAAAGAAGCAUCAAAGCUGAUUUUAGUCUGUUUCAUAACCAGAUAAAAACCCCUCACUGUAGCUUUAAAUAGCCUUUAUCUGAUUCCUCUUAUGUUUCUGUCACUUGACCUGAUUUUCUCUCCGUGUGCUCUUCAGGCUCACAGACACGAAGUGACGAUCUGCAACUACGAGGCAGCGGCAAACCCUGCAGAUCACAAAGUGGAGAGCAUCAUCCCACAAACCAACUUCAUUUCCUGAGAGCCUCAGAGCGUCAGGAGGAUGAGGAAGGAUUUAGGAGGGAGGUUUCAGUGGCGUCUGCCUGUCAGAAGUCGAAUAAAAGAUGAGCUAAGCUGAGGUCAACGCUGCGUGCAGCAGGUUGGGUGAACUCGACGGGGGGCUGAGCGCAGAAACCUGAAGACCGCAGAGCUUCAGGUGUGUGUGGAAGUGCCAAGAUGUUGCGCUGUUUUCUAUUUUGAUACAGAGUGAGGGCUUAAUGUGGCAGAAAGCUUCAUAAUAAAUGCAUGAAACCUAUCACACUCAGAUACAGUCUGCUCUUGCCUGUUUAUCUCUGAAGAUAUUUACCACCUCAAUAAUGUGAAGGCUGCUCUUGAAUAAAAUGCUAAAGGCUGCAAUUAAAUCAUGUGAAAGUGCGUUUUGGUUGCCAUGUUUACAUUCUUGAUAAAUUUUGAUGAUUUUGGGGUUAAGAUGCAUCCAGAAAGGUUCCUGAAAUAUGCAGAAUAACAACAAUCAGCUUCAAUCCACUCAAUAAAAAUACAUCUUAAGCCACUUUGCGCGCAUGAGCAUAAUUUAAAAGACUUCAAAAAACAUCCAACACCUGUGAAAUGACCUUUUUUUAUAUGUUAUGAAAUCAGUCAAACAGUCAAUAACAAGUGCUGGAUAUUUUCUGCCAUCUAGUGGUGUCGUGUGUCUGAAAAGGGCUCUGGUGGUUUUAUGUUGAUGAAAUUUUCCAAGUCUGUCUAUGUGCAGAAAUGCCUCCCAGACAGCUCCAUGACACACUGACACGGUUGAUUGUGAACCUUUGCUUUCAUCGGUUGGAGAGCUACAGCGAGCCGAGGAAUUAAUCUGUAAAGGAAGGCGCCGAGGUGCAGGCUUGGACCAGAUCCAAGACUUCAGAGCUCUGCAGCAGAGGUCCUUACUCUCUUUCUCCAGCAGUCACAAAUGGACUGGACUGUGACUCCUCUACAACACCCCUGUAAUACAAACCCAUCACAUCCACGCUGCUGUCUGAUUUAUAGAGGAAAACUCGCUGCUGCUUUAUACUCCCUGAAGUACUGUUAUCACCCUCACACCUCCAUCCUUUUCCCUCACGCAGGUAUUUUACUGUGAUUUAUAGCAUUAGUGAUGCAGUCAGUGGCAGCCUGCCCAUUGCUUUAACAGCAUGCUGAGUAUCUCAGACAGCAUGUUAAAAAAUCUCAUAUUUAAACACCUGAAAUAAUGAAAUUAAAAGGAUUGAUGUGCACAAAUGAACUGUUUGAAUAAAAUAUGAAGGUCUAGUUUAGAUAAGAUGAUGUUAUGGAUAUUAAUGUGAAGUAUGUAAGCUCAGGUUUUCGCAUUACAAUGUAGAAGCAAAGUUUAUGAAUGUGAAUUAAUAUCCUAUUUAUGGUGGCCGAGAACUGUCACUGCUGCAAAUAAAAAAGAAUGCAAAAAAAAAAAAAAA